CGCCCCAGCGCGGCCUCUGCGGCGACAGAGAGAGGCGAGGCCAGGCGAGGCGGAGCGCAGUGCAGGUGCCUCGGCCCGGGCAGGAUGAAUAACCCUAUACCUUCCAACCUGAAGUCAGAAGCUAAAAAGGCAGCUAAAAUAUUACGAGAAUUUACAGAAAUAACUUCCAGAAAUGGACCUGAUAAAAUCAUACCUCCUCAUGUAAUAGCUAAAGCCAAAGGCCUUGCAGUUUUGUCUGUUAUCAAAGCUGGAUUUUUGGUGACUGCUCGAGGUGGAAGUGGAAUUGUAUUAGCUCGUCUUCCUAAUGGAACCUGGUCUGCUCCUUCUGCAAUAGGAAUUGCUGGCCUUGGAGGUGGAUUUGAAAUUGGAAUUGAGGUUUCAGACUUAGUGAUUAUAUUGAAUCAUGAAAGAGCAGUAGAAGCUUUUGCCAAAGGAGGGAAUCUUACACUUGGAGGAAAUCUUACUGUAGCAAUUGGACCUCUGGGGAGAAACUUAGAAGGGGAUGUUGCCCUUAGAAGCUCUGCUGCUGUCUAUACUUACUGCAAGUCUCGAGGAUUGUUUGCAGGUGUAUCACUGGAAGGAACUUGUUUAAUUGAAAGAAAAGAAACAAAUCGCAAGUUUUAUGGGCAGGAUAUUCGUGCUAGUGCCAUCUUGCUUGGUGAUGUGCCUUUUCCUGCUCAAGCAGAUGAUCUUUAUGAAAUUCUAGCAUCAUUCACUGAAGUCUAUGAAAAUGAAGAACAAAGAAAUAAUCCAGGAAAAGCUGUAAGGGAACAAAGAAGGGUAAAUGGCCCACCUGCUAGACCGUCAUCAAGACCAGAGCCACCUAAACCCACUGUCAGACCAACACCACCAGCUAAGAAGAAUACUAACAAACUUUAUCCUGAACUUCCAAGUAACUAUGCGUCUGUGGAUAACUCUUGGAGUAAUCCGGUAGAAGUGACAGCACUUUAUUCAUUUGAAGGACAACAGCCAGGUGACUUGACUUUCAAAGCUGGAGACAAAAUCAUAGUCACAACAAAAACAGAUUCCCAGUUUGAUUGGUGGGAAGGAAGAAUAGGAGGAAGAACUGGCAUCUUUCCAGCCAAUUAUGUUGCCAUAAGUAACAACUAAUUUUACCUAGAAGAAAGUGUUGAAACAUUAAUAUAUUCACACUGAAAAAUAUAUUUUAACUUUUCAGAUUUUAUUAGAAUGAAAAUCUUUAUCAAGACUAUUCUAACACAAAAUUGAAAUGCAUUCAAUGACUUUAAAUUUCCCCUGAACUUAUUUCUUAAAUAAGUAGUAGUUGAUAGUCAAACUAUAAUCAAGUUUAAUUUUUGAGCAAGUUGCCAUCUAAAAAAUAUUCCAGUUUGCGUUUCACUUCUGUCUUGCUGUAUGGAUUUAUUUUUCACGAGGGAAAAAUUUCAAACCAUUUAAAGCUCGACAUGAUUAUAAUUUAUGGUCUCUUUCUACAAUAAAUGCUCCUGAAUUUCCUUCAAA